GAAACGGUACGAGUAGAACAACGUACAUUAUCUUCUCUAUGCCAUCGUUAACCCGAGUCUCCGGCACUUCACACCCCGAAACAACAUUAGUAAAUGGCUUAAAACUUUUAAAUAUCGCCGAAAUUCACCUCUUACCGGAUCGGAAGUUUGUGUUUCACGAUUCGGACGGUAGGUGUUUCAGAUCCAAUUCUUCGGAGGCGGAUUCCGAUAUUUCGGCGUCUAGCGAAAUUUCUCUUUUCCGAAUAUUGAUAGCUUAUGGUGGAAACUCAAGAAUUAAUUGACACUUUUCCAGCUAUGCAACACAAGGAUAACAAAGGUUUAACACCCCCUCGAGCGACAGAUCCUGGCUGGGCACAUGGAACCAUGGUGAAUGGGGGUAGGCAGAAGAUUAAGUGCAAAUAUUGUCAUAAAGUUUUUCUUGGGGGUGGAAUCUCCAGACUAAAGCAACAUUUGGCUGGUGAAAGGGGAAACGUAGCUCCAUGUGAAGAAGUACCUGAUGAGGUUAAACUACAAAUUCAACAACAUUUAGGUUUUAAAGUUCUGGAAAAGCUAAAAAGGCAGAAAGGUUUAAAAAGUGGCAAGAACUCUUUUGUACCACACUUUGAGGGUAUGGAAGAAGGAGAUGAUGAUGACGAUGCAUUGCGAACUGAGAAGCCGCCUUCUGUGCAGGGCACUAGCAGGAGAAGGGGAAAACAGAUUGUGGAAGGAACCUCCAAGCGAACAAAGAGACGUAAACAGCAAAAGUUUCCAACUGCUACACCUCUUGUUGCUCAACCUCUUCAUCAGAAUUUUGCUUCACAAGAGAGCAUCAAUGAAGCUGAUAUGGCUGUUGCAAGAUUUAUGUAUGACGCUGGCUUACCAUUCUCUGCUUCAAAUUCUUAUUUCUUUCAACAGAUGGCUGAUGCUAUUGCUGCCGUGGGUCCGGGUUAUAAGAUGCCUUCUUAUCACUCUUUGAGGAGUAAAUUGUUGAACAGAAUUGUUCAGGAUGCAGGGGCAUACUGUGAAGAACUGAGAAAGACUUGGGAGGUGACAGGAUGUUCAGUCCUAGUUGAUAGGUGGAUGGACAAAACAGGUCGUACAGCAUUCAAUUUCUUUGUUUAUUGCCCCAAAGGAACCUUGUUCCUCAAAUCUGUUGAUGCAUCAGACAUCACAAAAUCUUCUGAAGCGCUUCUGAAUUUGUUUGACAGCAUUGUUCAAGGAGUUGGGCCUAAGAAUAUUGUAAAUUUUGUGACUGAUACUUCACCAAUUAGUAGAACUGCAGGAAAACUCUUAAUGGACAAAUACAGAACAUUUUUCUGCAGCACAUGUGGAGUGCAAUGUAUUGACAGGAUGCUUGAAGAAAUUGGAAGAAUGGAUGAAGUGAAUGAGAUUUUAGUAAAGGCUAAAAGAAUAACUCAGUUCAUAUAUAACAAUGCUUGGGUCCUCAAUUUAAUGAGAAAGAAAACAGGUGGAAGGGAUAUUCUCCAGCUUUCAGUUACACGGUUUACUUCCAUCUUUCUAACACUAGAAAACAUUGUAUCUUUGAAGGACCAUCUCCAUCAAGUGUUCACUGGUACAGCCUGGAUACAGUCAAGUUUCUCUAAGCAAAGAGGAGGGGUUGAGGUGGCAGAAACCAUUGUAGACCCUAUCUUCUGGUUACAAAGUGACCAAAUUCUGAAGGUCACCAAGCCUUUACUUUCAUUUUUACAUCUUAUGGACUGUGAAGAGCGACCAUCUGUUGGUUACAUAUUUGAUGCUAUGGAAAAAGCAAAGAAGACCAUCAUUAUGGCAUUUGACAAUGAUGAAUCAGAAUUCAUGCCAUAUUUCAGGGUUAUUGAUCUUAUUUGGCAGGAAGAAUUCCAUAGCCCUCUUCAUGCAGCUGCUUACUAUCUCAACCCAUCUGUAUUCUACAAAGCUAAUUUUUCCUCUAACAAAGUCAUCCAAAAAGGAUUACUAGACUGCAUUGAAACCUUAGAGCCUGAUAUAUCUUCUCAAGUUACGAUUACAAGCCAAAUAAAUUCAUAUGAGGAAGCAGUGGGAGAUUUUGGCCGACCUGUGGCUUUACGUGGUCGAGAGUCAUUGGCCCCAGCUACUUGGUGGUCUCUGUAUGCAGCUGAUUACCCUGAAUUGCAACGGUUAGCUGUCAGGAUAUUAAGUCAAUCCUGUAGCAUCAUCAGAUGUGGAAGGAGUUGGAGUAUGUUUGAACGUAUAUAUUCAAAGAAAAGGAAUCGGUUGGAACACCAGAGGUUGAAUGAUCUCUUAUUUGUUCACUACAACCUGCAACUCCAGCAGAGGAGAGCAGAAGGAGUUAAAGCCAGGAGUUCAAAAGAAACACUUGAUCCUAUAUGCUUAGAAGCUAUGGAUGCAAACAUUGGAGAUUGGGUGGAGGACAUGGGAUCCGUGGAGGGUGAGGAUCUGAGCUGGAUGGAUGUAACAGUACCCUGUGAGCAGACAUUGGUUCAUCAUGAAGUGAAAAAUAUGGAUGAUUCCAUUGACAGUUCGGAGGAGAGAAGCAGUGAUGGCACCAAAGGUAUUGAUGAAAGUGAUGAUUUAUAGUGCCUUUAAUUUUUUAAUCUCUUUAGGAAACAAAAAAGUUGUAUUAAGCAGUUAGGUGCUUUAUACAAUGUUUGAAUGUGAUUAUGAUUAUAUUUUCAUUCUAGUGUAUCUUGUUGUGCAUUGCUUAAUUUACUGAGCAAUCCUGAUGCUUUUUAGUGGAGUUAACCAGAAACUUGUACAUUGAAAGCUUUCACUUUGACUUGAAACAAAAGCGUGUUGUUGUAUAUAUCUUUACUAAGACACUAACUAGUACCUUUUAUGCUGUCAAGUUUAAUUUUUGUUGAUCUUGUACUUAAACAUUAUCCAGUUUAUCUUUAAAGAUGGACUCUUUGUCUAGCUCUUGUUGGUUAAACUGAAAAGAAAAGGAAAACAAAAAAUUGGAAAAGGAAGAAUUGUUAUAAAAUUGAUAUCAUGUGUU